CUCUCAGCCUGAGGAGCACAGGUUUCCAGGAGCGCUCGGAUCUGGUGGCAGCGAUGGCUUCAGUCUCGGAUGAGCACCUUCUUUGUCCCGUGUGCCGUGAGGUUUUCAGCCUCCCUGUGCUCCUAAAAUGCGGCCACAACUCCUGCAAAGUUUGUUUACAGCAAUUCUGGUUAGAGAAGGGAUGUCGCGAAUGCCCCGUGUGCUGUACGCCGUCCGCCUCCGACAGGCCGCCCAUCAACCUGCAGCUGAAGAUAGCCGCAGACUCCUUUCAGGAGCGAAGGACGUGCCAGAGUCCAGACUUCUGUACGCGGCACAAUGAGAAGCUCAAGGUUUUCUGUCACAAUGAUGAGGAGCCCAUCUGUGUCGUCUGCCAGACAUCAAAGCUGCAUAAAAUUCACAAUAUCAGUCCGGUGGAGGAGGCAGCUCCAGAAAAAAAGAAGGAAAUUUCAAUCAAGCUGGAGUCCUUACAAGAUCAUCUGAAAACACUGAACAAGACAAUGGAGCAAUGGGAUGAAACCAAACAUUUUAUAAAGACCCAAGCAAACUAUAAUGAGAAGGUGAUUAAGGAGGAGUUUCAGAAGUUGCACCAGUUUCUUUGGGAGGAAGAAAAGACCAGACUGACAAAGCUCAAACACGAGGAGGAACUCAAGACCCAGGUGAUGCAAACGAAGCUGAACUGCAUCAAGGAGCAGAUCAAAAAACUCUCCUCCAUCAUCAGUGACACUGAGGUGGCCAUCAGAGCGAGGGAUGUGCUGUUCUUAAAGGACUACAAGCAGACAAAGUUCAGGACCCAACACAACAUCCCACAGCCAGAGUGUAUCAGAGAUAUUCUGAUAGAUACUGCAAAACAUCUGGGAUCACUCAAGUAUGACGUCUGGAAGAAGAUGGUUGAACUUGUCAAGUGUGCUCCUGUCACCAUGGAUCCAAAUACAGCCCAGUGCAAUUUAAGGUUCUAUGAGGAACUCACCCGCGUGCAGUACAGUAGUAAGCUGCUGCUUCCCGACAACCCUGAGCGCUGCAGCAGCCGCAUUUCUGUUCUGGGAGCCACUGGUUUCACAUCUGGAAAGCACAGCUGGACCGUGCACGUGGGCUAUGGCUCUGACUGGUGCAUCGGUGUGGCCCAGGAAUCCAUCAACAGGAAGAGCGUCAUCUUCUUAAAACCGUCUGAGGGAUUCUGGAUCAUUGGAUUAUGUAAUGGAGACACAUACUGGGCUCAGACGUACCCUCGCACCAAGCUAGUGGUGAAGAAUAAACCCCACAGGAUUACUGUAGAGCUGGACUAUGACAAGGGAAAGGUGGUGUUCAUCAACACCGCUGAUUCAACACCAAUGCACACUUUUAAAGAUAAAUUCACAGAGAGAGUAUUCCCCUACUUCGCCCCUGGUAUCAGUGAGAAAGGGAAAAGUUCCUGCCCACUGACUAUCUGUCCAAUGACGAUAGCUAUAGAUGUGCAAUAGGCUGACAUGGACAAAUAGCCGUGAAGCCGAUGAAGACUUGUAUUAGGCAGGUGUGCUAUGUGUGUUACCACUUAUGAAAAUAAUGAACAGCUUG